AAGCCCCUGGGACCGCGGUAGGUCUCAAGAAAUCCGCCCGACCAAGAAAUCGUAAUGCACAUCGACCAUAUCCUCCUCGUGCAACAAGACCCUCGGAUCAGAACUCUACACUACCUACCCCUGAGCCCAAUGCGCCUCGAGCAGGAGAAGAAGCUGGUCCAUCUAAUGCUCUUGAUAAUCUGUCGUACGUUCGAGGAUCAUCGACAGAUCAAGGACUACAGCCAGGAAGUGGGCUACUUGGCUCGUCAUCAAGUCCUCCUGCCAACCUGAUGAUCUCAUCCCUCCCGCUCAUUGUUAGCUCAAACGAAGUGACGUCCUCUUCAAGCUCUGUGUGGCCCUUUCACACAUCGAGUAAUGACUUAGCUUACUCAACACCUCUGUCCCAAUCUUCAUCUGCUUAUAUGGACCCCAUCCAAUUCGCAUUUCAGUCUGCGCCUAUGCCCGAUAAUUCCAUUCCUGACACCCGAUUACCAUCAUCUGCUUUCCGUCCGCCGUCUCCCCCCAACAGCAAUGGCACAAAGGGACCUGGAUCGUGGGUGUUCGACACGGUGCCGUCCGACGUAGAUCCAACGCCCAAGAAUGAGGAUUCUGUGAUUACUUGGUAUUCGUUUCCCCCUACCUCUACCGAGCUGCCCUCAUCUCUUGGAACACUUCCAAAUGCGGGGAAAAUUACAGAUCGGGAACGGGUCCGAGCUCUCAGACCUUUCAUCGCUGCGAAUGAUGGGACAGUUGACUUUCGGGACCUAAUUGAACCGGCUUUACGACGAGAAAUCACGAUGAUUGAUUCCGAGGCAGUGGUACGAGAUCACCGUUCAGGGGAAUAUACCUAUACUCAACCAUUCGACCCAGCGAACCGCUUUUCUAUUUCCCCCCGCAUAAUCCAGGCAUGUUAUACCGUACCACAUUGGCUUCUCCCUCCCUUGCCACGACUUUCAGAGUUCGCCCGGGGUACAUUCCACAAUAUACUCAACCAUCUUGACAUCAUACAUGAACCAACCUUUCAACUCUUCAAGCUACAUGGCUGGCUAGCAUAUGCCAUAUGCACGGCCGCGGGACAUCGCAAAUAUUACAUUGGCUCAACCCAACUUGACACUGCCGAACCAUGGGAUGCAGUUCAGCCAAUCGUACGGAAGGAGAAGGUUUUGAGGGCACUCUCGAGGGACCGGGCAAAACUGGAACAGGCUGAUUGCAUGGCGGCAAUUCAAGCUCUUCUGAUUUACGAUGCGCAUUCGUUCCUGUCAGAGAACUUUCUGGAUCGCUUGAUCAGCGAACACUUCCUGGAUACAAUAUUGAAGGUACGCCGCUUACUGCACUUCCUUCAGGGACUGGAACGCUGGAUCCGAUAUGAGGAAUAUCGAAGGACUGCAUGGCUAGUGUACCUUCUGGAUUUCAUGGCUUCCCUAGAGGUGGCUGCUGCUCCUCUUGUGUCACCCAGGGAUGUGGAACAUCUUCCGGUUCCAGCCCCACAAUCGGCGUGGGGAGCAAGGUCUGCACAAGACUGGCUUCGAUUUCAAUAUCGCUCCGAAGGAGUCCCAUUCCCACUCGAUUUUAUUAUGGGGAAACUCUUCGAUUUUGAGACGGAAGAAGUGGACGCAAAAUCGGUUCCUCUGUCCCUCCUUGACGUUGUAGACCUUGGUCCGUUUGCCAGACUCAUCGCGCUCAUCACAGUUGCUAGAGGUUUGAUUGAGUAUGGUGAAGGUAAAUCCAGAGGUGGAUAUGUCAUUCAACGAUGGGUGGUUCAAGGAGGGGACGCAUGGUGGAGUGCUAAUGUGUUUAAUCCCGACACAGAGGAGACCCACGGGCGGAUACUAACUAUUUUUGCUUUGGCUCUUGAGAGAUGGAAGAUUGGUUGGGACCGGGACUCAUUGUGCAACCAGGCGAAUUGGGGCCCAGACAUCGUGUCUGAGGCUCCAAAGAACGAUCCAAAGAUUUUCGCCCAUGAUGCCAUGCCGUACUGGUGGAUGGCUCAUCUACUCCUGACACACCUCCGCUCAGUGCAGGUUCCUCCCAGCCGGGGCGGAUAUGAUAUCGUCUUCUCAGACUUUAGCGUGGAUGGGGGCCCCAAUCGACUAAUUGGCGUCGAUUUGGCAAGUAUGUUACAGACUGCUAGGGGGCUUUCAGUUGGAGGACCUUCCCCGACUUUAUCAUGAUGACUAGUGCCUUUCGUUGGAUAGUUUAUUGUUUCUCUUAACUAUAGAUGUCUCCCUUAAUCAUCCUGUUGUACGUCAUUAGUUUACCCAAAUCGGAUUAAUGUCUUGAAUCCAUCCCAAACUAUUCAUAGGAUAGGUAAACCCAAAGAAGUCAUAUAUAUAGGAUAUUCGCAUCUAGUGGUUCUAUCGUCAUUCAUUCCUUCGGCACCGCCGCGCGAAUGAGACUGUACGUUUCUUGUGUAAACAAUGAGGGAAUGCGGAGCAAGGUAUAUGUGAUGAUGGCAGUAUUUUAAAGGAGACUUUCGAGCCUAUCGAUUGUGGAU